GUCAAGGAAGAUAACUCGCGUUGCUGUUGUCUCCUGCACUUUACGUUUAUGUUGGCCUGCUGUUUAGAUGUACGUAUAAUAGGAGAGUGCAUUAGGAUCACACACAAGAUUGAACAGACUGAGUUAAUGAGAUGAUGGACGACAACAAAGCAGAUAUAGGAAAAGAUCUGAGGUGUAUCUAGUGAAGAGGACAUAGGAAAAGAUCUGAGGAGUAGCGAGUGAAGAGGAUAUAGGAAAAGAUCUGAGGAGUAACGAGUGAAGAAGAUAUAGGAAAAGAUCUGAGGAGUAACGAGUGAAGAGGAUAUAGAAAAAUAUCUGAGGUAUAUCUAGUAAAGAGGAUAUAUAGGAAAAUAUCUGUGGAGUAUCUAGUGAAGAGGAUAUAGGAAAAGAUAGUAAAGAGGAUUUCGGGAGUACUUCAGCUAGUGAACAGGCAAUUUUUCCAAACAAUAGAAAUGCCAAUGUGAUCAUGAGAACAAGAAAAUCACCAGCCAUUUCUGGUACUACUAGACCAAUAAAAAAACAGCAAUGGAAUUCUUACGAGAUCACACAUUUGCGUCGAGCUGUUACUUUCAUACCCGAGGACCACCCAGAAUUCUGGGAUUUGGUACAGCAGAUGGUAAGGACCAAAACCAAGGAGGAAUGUUGGAAGCAGAACCAGGCAGACCUGGCAUCAGGGGAAAGCACUUACCCAAGGGAGGCAUUCAUAGAAGUUACUGGCCAAAAGGAAAUAAACAUAGAAGUUACUGACCAAAGAGAGACAAGCAUUGAAGAUACUGCGCCAAGGGAGAUAAAAAUAGAAGUUACUGACCCACAUGAGGCAAGCAUAGAAGUUACUGACCCAAAUGAGGCAAGCAUAGGAGUUACUGACCGAAGGAAGAGAAGCAUAGGAAUUACUGACCCAAUGGAGAUAAAAAUAGAAGUUACUGACCCAAGGGAGACAAGCAUAAACGUUACUGAUCCAAGGGAAGCAAACAAAGGAGAAGUUACUGACCAAAAGGAAAUAAACAUAGAAGUUACGGACCAAAGAGAGACAAGCAUAGGAGAAGUUACUGACCCAAGGGAGAUAAACAUAGAAGUUACUGACCCAAGGGAGCCAAGCAUAGGAGAAGUUACUGACCCAGGGGAGGCAAGCAUAGUAGAAGAUACUGAUGCAACGGAGGCAAGCAUAGGAGAAUUCUCUGAAAAUCAAGAUGCCUCACAUUUGGCUACACUGGAUACAAGAUUUAAAUCAUCUGCCAAAAUAUCAUACGAGCAAUUAGAAGAAAAGAGUAUCUUUGAGGACAAAACAUCAAAAUGUGAUGUUGGCGAAAAAGAAAGGUACAAUGCAGAAAAGCAGAAACGUAGUAGCCGCAAUAAAAGAGAUGGAGAAAAUUAUUACCAGUGCGAUGUUUGUGGUAAAAGUUUCAACAUUAAGUCAUUGUUCUUGAGGCAUUCCCUGCUGCAUAAAAAAGCAAAACCAUUCAAAUGUGAUGUUUGUGGUAAAGGGUUCAGUGAUAUGGCAUCUGUGAAGAGACACCUUCUUGACCAUAAAGGAGAAAGACCAUACAAAUGUGACAUUUGUGGUAAGAGUUUCAGUGACAAGUCUUAUGUGAGGAGACACCCUUGUGUUCCUACAGGAGAAAAACCGUACAAAUGUGAUGUUUGUGGUAAAGGGUUCAACGGCAAGUGUAACUUGAAGACACAUGUUCGUAUUCAUACAGGAGAAAGACCAUACAAAUGUGACAUUUGUGGUAAGAGGUUCAGCUAUAAGUCUUCAGUAAAGAGACACCUCUCUGUUCAUACAGGAGAAAAACCGUACAAAUGUGAUGUUUGUGGUAAGGGGUUCAACUUCAAGUGUAAUUUGAAGACACACGUUCAUAUCCAUACAGGAGAAAAACCGUACAAAUGUGAUGUUUGUGGUAUGGGGUUCAACUUCAAGUGUAAUUUGAAGACAAACGUUCUUGGUCAUAAAGAAAAAAAAUUGUACAAAUGUGAUGUUUGUUACAAGGAGUUCAGUAACCAGUCUGUUUUUAAGCGACACAUUCGUGUUCAUACCGGAGAAAGACCGUACAAAUGUGAUGUUUGUGGUAAGGGGUUCAGUGAAAGGUCUAGUGUAAAGAGACACCUUUCUGUUCAUACAGGAGAAAAAGCAUACAAAUGUGAUGUUUGUGGAAAGAGGUUCAGUGACAAGUCUUCUGUGAGAAGACACCUUCCUGUCCAUACAGGAGAAAAACAGCACAAAUGUGAUGUUUGUGAUAAGGGGUUCAUUGAGAAGUCUCAAGCAAAGAGACACCUUCGUGUCCAUACAGAAGAAAAACCGUAAAAAUGUGAUGUUUGUGGUAAGAGGUUCAGUAACAUGUCUCAUUUGAAGAGACACCUUCGUGUCCAUACAGGAGAAAAACCGUACAAAUGUGAUGUUUGUGGUAAAGGGUUCAAUAGAAUGUACAAU